AUGCGCCUGCCUCCGGCUAUCACGCCUUACAUCUUGCGCGUCUCUCUCGAGGCGGGAACGCCGGCGUCUAAGAAUGGAGUUUUCAAGACCAACUUCCCGCUCGAUGGAGGCGUUUUCGCCCGCGAUCGGUUUGCAGAGCGGAAGUUGCCGACCAACUUCUCCAAGCCGAUUCAAAUCAACCUUCCCAUCUCGCACGCUGGUGCAUUCGCAUACUGGGUAGAGUACGAUGGCGAGGAACCAGGCACACGCGUGAAGGGUCGCGAGGGUUACUUUAACAUCGAUCCGAUCCUACGAGUUAAGGCCCGAUCUUCCAUCCUGUCCUCCGAUGGAACGAUCCUAGAGAGGGGUGGUGCUGUACAAUCUGGCGCAGUCAAUCUACCACUGGAUGGCCUCUCAAUCUUGACGGUUGUCUCUAAAUGGAUGGGUCCCAUGAAUGCCUGGAGAAAGUACCUCACGGAGAGCAGUGUGAGAGGUUAUAACAUGCUCCAUUGGACGCCGUUACAGGAGAGGGGAGAGAGCGACAGUCCGUACUCCAUCAGGAACCAACUGGUAUACGAGCCAUCUAUGUUCCCAGGCGGUGUAAAAGAUAUUGGCAACGAUGGAGGAAAGGCCAAGCUUGAGGAGAUGUUGAAGAUUGCAAGGGACGAGUACGGUUUACUGAGCUUGACGGAUGUUGUGUUGAAUCACACCGCAAAUGACAGUCCAUGGUUGCUCGAGCACCCAGAAGCAGGCUACAGCCCGUCAAACACUCCACAUUUGACUCCCGCUCUCGAACUCGAUGAUGCGAUGAUGCGUUUCUCUGGGAGCCUGGAGAGCAAGGGUCUGCCAACGAUAGUCACCUCUGAAGCAGACUUGGAAACUCUCGUGAACGGUUUUCAAGACUAUAUCAAGGAGCUCAACAUGUGGCAAUAUUAUGUUCUCGACGUCAACAAGGAGCGUGCUUCCGUAAAAGAGGCAUUGAAGAGUAAGAAGAUCACCGAAUGGGACGGGCCGGCGGUCGCCCAUAAGACAGUGGUGGAACUCGCCGAGGUCAUGCGGGCUUCUGGAAAUAUCCACGGACUGGGCAAGCUAGAGAAGAAGUUUGGAACACAUGUAGAUGGAUCAGUCGCGGCAGGCUUUGUGAAGGCUGCCUUCGUCGAUGUUGAGGACAACGGCGAUGCGCUGGCCGACGCAUGGAUCCGUGUAGUCGAUGUGUUGAAUGUACCCCUCUACCAGGAAUGGGAAGAAGACACGCGCGUCGCUCUCGAUCAGAUCAAGAACAGGCUGAAGUACAUUCGCUUGGAUGAACAUGGAUCGAAGUUGGGGCCCAUCUCGGAGAAGUCGCCGCUUGUUGAGACGUAUUUCACUCGUCUGUACCUCAGCAAGAAGAAAACGCCUUUGGAUUCUGCCAAGUACUCCGUGGCCAACAAUGGCUGGAUCUGGAAUGCCGAUCCACUUGCAAAUUUCGCAUUACCUCCUUCCAAAUCAUAUCUCCGCCGGGAAGUGAUCGUCUGGGGCGACUGCGUCAAACUUCGUUAUGGCAACGGGCCCUCAGACAAUCCAUGGUUGUGGGAGCACAUGAAGACGUAUGUCACAUCGCUCGCGCAGACGUUCGCGGGUUUCCGGAUUGAUAACUGCCACUCGACGCCAUUGCAUGUUGGCGUGACGCUGCUUGACGCGGCGCGCGUUGUGAACCCGAACCUGUACGUUUGCGCUGAGCUUUUCACGGGUAGCGAAGAUACGGACAAGCUGUUCGUGAGCCGACUUGGGUUGAAUAGCUUGAUUCGGGAAGCAGGAAACGCAUGGGACCCGAAGGAAUUCUCAAGAUUGUUGUACCGCCAUGGUCUUGGAAAACCAAUCGGAUCAAUGGACAGCGCUUGUGUCACGAGCAAGGGAGAAUUGCCGCCGCCUACUGGCAAGGGCCCAACCCGUCCAUGCAUCGUUAUUCCGCACAACGGCUCCGCGCCUCAUGCCCUGUUCUAUGACCUCACUCACGAUAACGAGACGUACCUGUCCAAGCGCUCUGCGGAGGACGCCCUAUCCACCGGAGCACUCGUCACAUUCUCAUACUGUGCCGUCGGGUCCGUGAAGGGCUUCGACGACCUGUACCCAAAGCUGCUGGAUCUCGUUCGUGAGAGCAGGAAGUAUGAGGUGACCGACCUUGGCGAGCGAAGUGGGAUUGCAAAGGCGAAGCGCCUUUUGAAUUCGUUGCACACGGAGAUGGCGCUGAGCGGGUACGAGGAAGGGCAUGUGCACCAAGAGAAUGACUACAUCGUACUGCAUCGGGUUCAACCUGCGACGCAGAAGGGAUACUUGCUCGUUGCCCAUACUGCCUUCACCAAGGGAUCGAAGGAUCGCGGCUUCAUCAGCCCAAUCAAGCUACGGGGGACGAAAGCGAAGUUCAUUUAUGGGGCUUCCAUCGACAUUCCGUCGUACGAAAUUGACAAGGAUCCAGCCACCCUGCAUGGACUUCGGGGCAAGCUAGUUGACAUGCCAGCUGUAGUCGUGCCUCAGGGACUCGAUCACGAGGGCCCUUACGCUGAGAUCGUCGUUCCGAAGUACUUCCCCCCCGGGAGCAUCAUGGUCUUUGAGACUCAUCUGCAGAACCUCGAUCUGACUUUGGACAAAUUCUGUGCCGAGGGCGCGGAGGCCGCGUUUGCCGACCUCAACCUGGUAGACUUGAACGUUGUCCUUCACCGUGCGGAUGGAGAAGAGCGUGAUGCAACUGACGGAGAGAUCGGCACAUACGUUGUUCCCGGCAUGGGUAAUCUCGUGUACUGCGGACUAGAGGGUUGGAUGCACCCGUUGCGGCACAUCAUGAGGUACAACGACCUCGGACAUCCUCUCUGCGGUCACCUACGUGAGGGACCAUGGGCCUUAGAAUAUGUUCACUCCAGGUUGUCGAGGCAAGUUAAGAUGUUCCCCAAUCUGGCGAAGCCCGCGCAAUGGUUUAAGGAGCGGUUCGAACGUGUCAAGGACGUGCCACCUUUCCUGAGACCGAAGUACUUCGCGAUCGUCAUCUCGGAGGCGUACAAGGUUGCUCGUCAGCUCGUCAUUGAGCAGUCCUCGGAGUUCGUCGUCAGCGGUCACUCGUUCACCCAUGACCUUGCCCUAUGUUCUGUACAGAUGCAUGGCAUGGUCAAGUCUGCCUCCCUCGAUCCGGGCGGACACACACCUUCGCUCGCAGCUGGUCUGCCACAUUUCGCGUCUGGGUGGGCGAGAUGCUGGGGAAGAGAUGUGUUCAUUUCUCUGCGCGGUCUGUUCUUGACUACCGGCAACUUCGCUGGUGCUAAGGCGCAUAUACUGGCAUUUGCAUCGACGUUGAAGCAUGGUUUGAUUCCCAACCUCCUUGACUCUGUCCGCAACCCCAGGUACAACUCACGAGACUCGCCUUGGUGGAUGGUUCAAAACAUUCAGGAUUAUGUCAACAGUGCACCGGAUGGCAUAGCGAUUCUCUCCGAACCUGUAAAGAGACGGUUCCCUAAGGAUGACACCUGGGUUCCUUGGGACGAUCCUCGGGCGUAUGCGUACUCAAGCACCAUCGCGGAGAUCAUCCAGGAAAUUCUACAGCGUCACGCGAACGGCAUCUCGUUCCGCGAGUACAACGCCGGCUCCAACUUGGACAUGCAGAUGAAGGAUAAAGGAUUCGAUAUUGACAUCAAAGUCGACUGGGACACUGGUAUAAUCUUUGGCGGCAAUGAGUACAAUUGUGGUACUUGGAUGGACAAGAUGGGCGAGUCUGUUAGAGCAGGUACGAAGGGCAAACCGGGCACUCCGCGAGAUGGUGCUCCUGUGGAGAUCACCGGUCUGUUGAAGAGCACGCUGAGGUGGCUGGACCUGCUCUCCAGUGCGGGGAAGUUCCCGUUCAUGGGCGUAGAGGCUGAAAUUGAUGGCAAACGGAAGCUCAUAACCUAUAAGGAAUGGGGUAACUUGCUGCAAACGUCCUUCGAGGCAUGUUAUUACGUGCCAUUGGACCCUGGCGACGAUGCGAAAUACAACGUGAACCCCAGUUUGAUCAAUCGCAGGGGUAUCUACAAGGACGUGUACGGAUCGGGUGUUGGUCGAGAGUGGUCUGACUACCAGUUCCGGCCCAACUUCCCUAUCGCGAUGACUCUGGCGCCCGAGCUAUUCGAUCCGGAGCACGCCCUCUACGCGUUGAAAUUCGCUGAUCAGGUGCUCAGAGGACCGCUCGGUAUGAAGACCCUAGAUCCUCGUGAUAUGCAAUACCGCCCGUAUUAUGAUAACUCCAAUGAUGGUGAUGAUCCCAAUAUCGCGAAGGGUCUCAACUACCACAAUGGUCCUGAAUGGGGUUGGCCGCUGGGCUACUUCUUGCGCGCAUACCUAUACUUCGAUACCCUCGUUGGAGCUGGCAAGAAUGAUUCGACUGAUACGCUGCAUCGGCUGCACCGCAGCAUUCUCGCAUCCCGGCGUCAUAUCCAAAAUGAUCCCUGGGCGGGUCUGCCGGAGCUAACCAACAAGGACGGCGAACUCUGCCGUGACUCGUGCAACACGCAGGCGUGGAGCGCGAGCACGAUGCUCGACUUCUUGGAGGAUGUGCAGAGACUUAGCGAUACCCAGACGAAAGCUUGA